UUCUGGGAUCUUGUAUUUCAGCUCAUAAAACAUAUGAUCAACACUUUGCAUGUUGCGUUUCAUAUUUUUGUUCAGUGUGUCUGUGUAUGGGAGAGGGUGGGGUUAUAUCCUCUUAACUUUUUAUUGGAACAGGUUAUUUGUCAAAUAUAAAUAGCUCAUUAAUAAUUAAUUCAUGGGGGUUGAAAGCUGUUUGCAGGGCUAUAUAAGAGGGACAAGUCUGUGUUCAACCAAACUGCAACCAAACUUAUACCGUCACUCUACAGAGACAUCAUGAGAACCACUGCAGCCGUCCUAUUGGUCCUCUCUCUUCUGACCAUUAGUCAUGCCUGGGACUGUCAGGAAAUAGUGGCUAUCAAGAAUCUGAUGCAGAUCGAUGCAGGACUGGGACAAGUGGUUGCUACGGACACAAGUCAAACCCCCUACUACCUGGUAGGUAAUGAAUGGAUCCGCCUGCCUGGUUCCCUGAGGCAUAUCACUGUAGGACCUACAGGGAUCUGGGGUGUCAGCAACGGAAACCUCAUGUUCAAGUAUGUGGCCGGUAACUGGGCUCAAUUUGCAACCGGUGUAAAUCAGCUGGAUGCUGGGGGGGACCAGUUUGUUGUGGUGGCCAACAUGGACUAUGUUCCAGGGUGUCUUUCAAGAAGUGCCUCACUUGGCUUCAUGGGUGCUGACUCAUCCCUUCGAGGGAUAAUGUUGCCAGGAGCUGUGAAGUAUUCUAGUUGCGGACAUUUUGGGUGCUGGGCAGUCAACAAGAAUGAUGAUAUCUACUUAAUGAGUUUGAAUCAAGACUGCCAAAACAACGGGUGGAGUCACAUUGAAGGCAAGCUUUGUCACGCCUUGCUUUCCAUGAUUGAGGUGGCAACUGAUGGUAGUGUCUUUGGGGUCAACUCUGCAGGCCAAGUUUAUACCAGAGACGGCAUCACAGCCAGUAAACCAGAGGGCACCGGAUGGAGCCAUGUCUCAAUGUCCAUGCACAUGGGCCACGUGACCUACGACCUGGGCCGUCUUUGGGUCAUCUCCAAUUCUGGCUUCACCAUGGUGUGCACACAUUAGCCUCUCCUCUGCAUCUGAAGGACGUUCGGGAUCUGACAAGCUCACUUGCUAACUCAUUGAUCUCUCUUUCUGGAACAGCCUUCUGCUUGAGAAAUGAGGACAUUAAUUUAUUAGAAUCCUUCUUACGAAAAAACUAUAUAUUUUUAGUACUUUAUCUCUAUCAAUAGUAAUCAUUGACUGUACUGAGGUUUAACUUCUUUUUAUCAAUGGAGAUGUUUUCUCCCACAAAACUGACCACCAACAGCCUUAUAAAAGUUGUAUUAUUUUCUUGAAGAAUCCUUGAUUAACACUUAGAGGUUUGCUAUGGCUGCUAUUGACCGUAGUGUAAAAACAUGUACCUUCCAAUGUCAUCAAUAGUUGAUGUAAUCCUUGGCAUUGCUUAUUAUCUCAUAUUAUAUCAUCAUUUCCCACAAAUAAAGCAUUCAUUUUAAAACUCA